GGAAAAUGGCAGAGCUUCUGGAGAUGAAGGUGGCCGCCGUGUCCUACCUGGACAGGAGCGGUGGGCUGCGACGCUUCAUUGAAGACUGUAAAGUACUGGGCGGUGGGUUGUGGCAACCCCCACAAUGACACCCAAAUCCCCAGCAAACGGAGGCCGUGUACCGGUUCUGUAUUACCGUGAAUCCCUCCGAUGUAAUAGAAACCGAUGCCCGCCUUGGGGACUGGGUCCUGCACGAUUCUUUCAGAGCCACAGCUUUGUUCCAGUCAGUGUGUUUCCUGUCAAUUAAGACACUAUCACUCAUUGAGAAGAUAGAUACAGAAAAUCAGGUGAAUGUAGUGCUAAAGCUCAUGCAACUGCCUCUCCUCCCUGGCUACAUGCUGGACCUGCAUAAGUUUCCACGUGUGUGCAGUCCCAUGCGUCCCCAAGCUCUGGAGGGCCUGGCCAUAGCCAUGACCCGGGUCACCAAAUACACCCAAGGUGCCCGGUUUCUCUGCACACAGGGAACUUGCCCCUGCUCCACAGGGUUCCAUCACAUUCGAGUACAUACCCCAGGGGCAACAGAAUCUGCCACGGUGAGGAGCUCCUUCACCUGCAAGCUGUGUUCUUCGCCUCUCAGAGAGGAUAUGAAGUCCAGGGUGCUGGGAGGGAUUCCUCAUGGUGCCUUUAUGACAGAUAAGCAGAUGGUAGAAAUGAUUGAUGCGCGAGCUGUGGAUAUCCUGAGUACCCACCCUCCACACUCCCUCCGUUACCAGUCUGUGACCUUGUUCCUCAGAGAUGAACUAUGUGAUUCCAUGAAGAUUGGUAAGCUGUAUCGAGUGGUGGGCAUUCCAGCACAUGUUCACCAGUGGCCACAUGUCACUUGGAGCAUAGAGGCCAGCAGUGUUCAGCCAUGGGAGCCAAAAAGUCCUGGAGCUGUCAGCAGUAACUUCCAGUCCCUGUUGGUGGUCACCUCCUGCUCACCAUGGAGGUUUACAGCCGUCAUGGCCAGCAUGUUCGGGUCACCUGUGGUUCCUCCAGGCCUCUACAGCACCCUAAAGCUUUGUUUGCUCCUGAGCCUGGUGCAAACUAGAGAGAAUGAGCAGGAUUCACCCCAUUACUUAGACGUACUGGCUCUGAGUAGUGACACUCUCAUCAUAGACAGGUUGAUGACCUACAGCCUGGCCCUUGCGAGUCGGGGGAUACGACACCAGGCAUCUGGGGAGAUGUUGGCCACCCUGUCUGAAGAUGAACAUGGUGCUGGGACGGCCAACAUUCACGCUGGUGCUGCUUUCCUGGCCACUGGGGGCAUAUGCCUCCUGGGAGAUCUAGCAACUUACAGGAAGGAUAAACUGGAGGUGCUACAGUCAGUGUUGGAGACCAGGACUGCCAGUGUGUUCUUUCCUGCAAAGAAGUAUGGAGAGGAUACAGAUCAAAAGCUUUCCUUCUCUAUCCAGUGCAGCUUCUGGGCACUGGGUGACACAGGCGCUCAUGCCAAGAGGACAGUGAAGGGAGACAGUAUCAUUCUGGGUUCGAUGGAAAUGGGGUCAGUUCCUGCCCAGCUUGCAGAGACCUUUGGCCUGGUGGUUCAAUGUCGCCACAAUCGCACUCUGCUGCCCCUCACCGUCCACACCCUCAGGCACGCCAUCACACCAGGGGACCCCCUGUAUCCCGCCAGCAUGCAGUUCACUACACAGGAUUACCAGGAUCUCCUGGACCAUGCACGCAGCCUGCAGGUGGAGCUCAGUCCCCAAGCGGAAAGGAUGAUCCAUGGCUACUUUGCAGCAAGCCGCAGGCUGCGCUCCAGUACAGGACCAAGCCCCUUGCUCUCAGCUGCCUACUUUAGACUCCUUGUAUCCAUGGCAGAGGCUCACUGUAAACUGAGUCUAAGGACCAGGGUGUCAGUGGAGGAUGCAGUGGUUGCAGUGCUGCUGUGUGAAGCAUCACUCACCCUGAAGUAUGGUGCCUCUGCACUCACCAUUCCUCCUGAGGCUGUGUUCCCUUGUGACCUGCAUGAUUUUGAAUCCUUACACCAGAGGGAUAUGGCCCUGGAUCAGCUGCACCAGCAGAUCCUACACUUCAUCUACGCCUAUGCGCCCGGGGCUGCAAACUACAUCACCGAAGAGUAGAGAACCAGGUUGCUGUUAGCCUCCGCUGUGCUUCUGGACUGUAAGCCAGACAGUGUCGUUAUAUUUGCUCGUUUUACAAUCUAUCCCAGCUCAUUUAGUUUAGAUCAAAGUCAACUACUUCUUGUUACUAGGUGGGAUAUAAAGCAAUAUGAAAUGGCUCUGCUGUACAACUCAAAAUAUUACCUUCCUCCAACUUCAA